GUCAAAUUACAAAUACACAAUUUCAAAACAAAGUUUGGUGUCGUAUUGUAAUCUAUAGUAUUUUGUUCAUAAAUUGUUUUUUGUGGUGAUAUUAUAAUGUGUAAAGUUACAUUGUCGGUGCUAAUCCUCGCCUUCGUACAGAUUGUAUUAAGUUUCGAUUUUCGAAACAUAGUGUUCACUAUCAUAAGCCAGCCUGAUCCGUACCACAGCAGCGUCUCCAAGAAACUUAAGGAGGAUAUUGAGAAUCAAGUUAUGGAGAUUGAAAAUCACCGUCCAGUAAUCCACACAACACAAGACUUCUCCAUCCCCGGGGAUUGGACGAUCUUCCCCCUACUACGUCCGCUCGUGUCCAGGUAUAAAGGUAGCGACGUGCGAUGGAUCGUGUUCAUUGAACCGCACACCGCCGUGCGAUGCGGUAGAUUAUUGGAAUCUAUUGCUAAUGCUGACAGACAGCAGGAUACAAUGUGGAUUGGUUAUCCACUAACUGAUGAGGAGCCAAGAGUAAUUCAUCACUUUCAUUUCUACGAAAACUUGGAAGAGGAUGGUGGCUUCGUAUACCCCAAUUUUGCCAGUGGUUUCGCUAUGAGAAUAGAACUUAUGGACAUGUUACUAAAACAAGUAGAAAGAGGAGAAAGGAAGCGGAAUUCAGACGCUUUUUCAAUAGACCCUUCUUACGAACUAGCGCAACUUAUUUACGGGGAUGGUGAUCACCCUGGACCACUACUCUCCGCUGACUUGAGCUUCUGUAUUGUAUCUGGAGACCAAUGUGCUACUUAUCCUAGACAGUUUUAUUCGUGCGGCAGUGCAAUACCUGAAGAGUCGAUUUUCUUCGCGGUGAAAACCUGGACCGGCUUCCACGCAUCUAGGACUGCAGUGGUCAAGAAGACGUGGGGAAAACGUGUUUCACAUUUGCUGUUCUACAGCGACAAAGCUGAUCCAUUACUACCUUCUAUAAACGUCGGUGUGCCAAAUACAAAAUCGGGUCAUUGUGCCAAAACCAUGGCCAUUUUGAAAGAUGCUGUUAGAAGAGCACGAAACUUGCCUGGUGUUAACUGGAUAUUCUUGGCUGAUGACGAUACUACACUGGGGGUACAAAGACUUUGUGAAGUCUUGAGUUGCUUCAGAGGUGGGAGUGACGUCACAGUCGUCGGGGAGAGAUAUGGGUACGGCGUUUGGAACAAAGAAACUGGCCUUAGAGGUUAUGAUCACGGCUACGACUACAUAACCGGCGGAGGCGGUACAGCCUUCAGCGUGGCUGCAGCGGAUGCGCUGUCAAAAUGCCGCUGUACUAAGUCAAAUGACCCUGAUGACAUGACCAUCGGUGCUUGCGCGUUACAUCGAAAUAUUACCUUGACGCAUUCCUCGCUGUUUCACCAGGCUCGACCCCAAGACUACCCUCGCGAAGCACUGGUAGAUCGCCCAGUGUCUUUCCACCGUCAUUCCUCGCCGGACCCCUUUAGGGUGUACACCACGUGGUUCUACCAUGACGAUCUUGCACUCAAGAGGAGAAAAAGAGAAGAACUAUAACUAUACUGAUGUAAUUAACUGACUUCUGUAUUGAAAUAGAUAUCGAACCACAAACCAACAACUAGCGACCACGGGCUCUUUUAAAAAGAUGCUGUAUAAGAUAACUCAGAAUUACUUAAAAUGUCUAUAUGACUGCUGCGCCUUGGAUCGAAACUUGAGAGAACACUUUCAUUAUAACACGCCACAAUGAAAAUGUUAUCUUCAAGCUAUCGCUUAUAUUGAAGUAUGAACAUAAUUUUUUUAACAUUUAAUGAUCUGACAAACACGCGCGUGUUCACAAUUUGCGCGUGAUUAAUGCUGCACAAUUUGCGCGUGAUUAAUG